GGGUUGUGGGGGUCUCCAUCUCACCUUUUCACAUCACAAUGAAGAUCAAGAGCUGUGAAGAUGAGCUGCAAGCGGGCAAUUGGAGUGAUUAGCUGUUAGUAAGAGUAAUUGAUCUUCAGAGUCAUUGCAUGCAAUGCCAAGAUGCGGGCUAUCAUGAACCCGCUGAGUCUCAUUCUUACAACCUCCAAUUCCCUCUUCACGUCCAAAAAUAACGACGCCGGCACCCAUGUCAUCAGCGCUAUCCCUAAUUCUGCCACGCCGAAUUCUCCUCCGCGUAUCUCCAGCGGAGACCGGCGGGUGUUACUAGUGACUCACCCCUACCGCUCAGUCGCUUUUGAGUCUCGCCAAAUCGAGGGAUGUGAUUAGCAAUCUGUAAGAUUCGGUGUGUUUAGAUGCAGGGAGGAGUCAUCGUGGUGGGCUUCGCGGUUUGUUUAAAGAUCAAGGUGAUCGCCGGUUUUUUGGAAGUUGGCGAUACCUUCAAACUACACUCUACAAAACAAUACUACAAACAAUACAAUCAUAUCAAUAUUUUUCACAAAACUUUUAGUACCUUCUCCACAUUUCUACACUCUCUAUUGACUGUCCAUCAUCAUCAUCAUCAUGGGACAAUCAUCUGCAUCUCCUUCAUCUUCACCAUCAAGAUCUCAGACUUCAGGUGCCAGAGUCCAAACAUCACUCAUGGACAUCACACGUCGCUUCAGCCGCUCCUGUAGCAAGGCAGAGAUCGCCUCAGUAGGCAUCUCCCCUUCAACCUCAGCUGUCUUCGCAAUCUACACAGCUGCGCAAACCUCUCAAUCCUGGAUCGACGUCUUUGACAUCAAGACUCAGAGCGGCUACUCCAAGACAAGUGGCUCACGCGCUGUCUUCUCACCCAAUGGCUCGAAGUUGGCGACUAUUAGGGACUGGACCGUUCAGUUUACAGGAGGCUUCGACUUUCACCACUCUAGCACUGUCUUCCUGAGGGACUAUGUUAGUGGAAAGACGGCUUGCGAACUCAAGGAGGCUAAGGGUGAGCCAAUUGCUUGGAGCCGUGAUGGGAGACUCAUCGCAGUCGGUGAAGCGAGGAAUCGCAUUGGAGUUUGGGAUGUGAAGAACGGAGUCCGAGUCGGAAAGGUUCUGAGCCACAUCGACGCAGUUACUCACGCUGCUUUCCUCCCCGACCAGAGCCUCGUCACCAUCUCACGCGACGGAACGCUGCGCAUCACCAACACCAAGACUUGCAAGACAAUUCGCCGUCUCGAGAUCGACGGCUCAAGCAACCCCCGCGCUCUAGCAGUCAGCCCCGAUGGUCGACGCAUCGUUUCAGUCUGGGGAACAAACGUUCACAUCUGGAUCCCCUCUGCCAACGACUUGACGUCUUAUAACCUCAACGCAGUGCGCCCUGUUGAGGGAUGGCCCCUUGCGAUCUCACCCGACUGCCGAUACAUGCUCUGCAGAACUGAAGAUGGGUUCGACAUAAUGGAUGUUGCGACGGGAACGAUUAUGUACGAUGAGGCUACGGAGGAGAUGGUUAUGUCUGGGGCUUUUGAUGAGGAUGCUAAGGUUCUGGUCCUUGGAAGGAUGGAUGGCGUUGUUGAGGUUCGGGAUGUUUUUGACAGGAGGUGAAAAGUUGUGAUACCCUAGGAUGACCAGACUGUAAAUGAGCUGGAUAGAUGUGUUUUUGGAAGGAUGGGCGUUUGCUUUACACGGGCGUAUAGGGAUUGUUACUGUUUCUCAGAUAUUCAACAUCGUUGAUUGUAAGAGCAUAUGCCAGGCUCUCAACAGCAAGUAUUUACAUACUCAAAAUUAAUUCCCUCAAUUAUUUACAUACAUGUUCGGUGGAC